UGGUUUUACUGCGACACCAGGUACAAGAUCGCCGGGCAAUGGUACGGCAUCCCAAAAAUCGUGUCAAAAUCUCAAACGCUAGCUACAGAAGUGGUUUCUUCAACCUCGGAUGAAAUCAUCUUCAAACUAAGACAGGAAUACAAGCCCAAGCUCAGCCCGGCUUCGAAAGCGGUCAACAGUCUCGUAAGCUUGAAAUUGGAGAAAGACGCUGAGGGGCUGGAGAAAGUGGUCUAUCAUAAAGAUAUGUGGAACGAGAAGGAUUAUAGUCAUGAGGGGUUGGGGAAGCUGUUCAAGACGCUGAAUGGGGAUCACUUGACCAAGAUCACGCCGCCACCGAAGAGCUUGUGA